AUGGCAAAAUUAUCAUUCUUCGAAGCAACUACAAAAUCCCAAGCAACACUACUGCUUUUUCUUGUGCUUCUCUUGGUUGUUCCGGUGCUCUUUGCUCGUCCUCAUACCGAGCUUUCGAAGUCAUCCAUGGCGAAUUCGUCGUCGUCUUCAUCAUCUUCUAUGGAAUUUCAUCCUAAAGAACCUGCUAAUGGUAAUAUCACACAUCAACAUCUUGGAGCCUCUGCUCAUGAAGUUCCUAGUGGUCCAAAUCCUGAUUCCAACAAGUAA